AAGCUGGGCUCGAAUCGUCACAUACGAGAUCGUAUUACUCGUCACGUAAAAACACAGUUUUCGGAUUAUGACAUACGUGAACGUACUUCUUACCCCAUUUAGCUUAUACGACUGGCGGUAUCACGUCAUUUUCUUUCGUAUGCUUCCGAUUCCUGCUAAAUAGAAUGUGAGGAAAGCAAAACGAAGCAAAAUCAUGGACAACUCUCAACUUUUGCGCGCUUUGGCAAUCAGUUGUUUACAUGUAUAUUUUCUCGUGCGCUGGAAUUUAUAUUUAAAGACAAAAAUACGGUUAAUAUGAAUUGUUAUUGCUAGCAUUAUUGAGUAUUAUAAUAUUGUUAACUAUUUAACGCAGGUCAAAUAUGGAGAAAAUGGAGAACGCAGAAACUGUCAAAGCGUUUAUUGUAGCACACCUUCAACGCUUCACACUUUGUUAAAGUUCCAUCUAUCAAGCAAAGCGAGGAAAGUCGAGUGUAAACGGCCCUUUAAGUGCUGGGCAACUGUGAACGAAAGGAGGCAUAUAUGUUAAAGAAAUCGACUUUAUAAUUUUAUCGAUAAGUUAUUAUCUGUGUUGACCGUGUUCAAGCGGGAAAUUGGGUGAUCGCGCUGGCAAAUAUAUUAAAUAUACAAACAAAAGCUUUUUUAAAUACAAAAAUUAGGACAAACUGGACAUUUAAAUAAGAUUUUAACUAAAAUGGAAGAAAGUGUGGCUGUCAACAGCAUGCCAAAUGAAUUAGAAUAUAGCAAAAAUUUUAAGGAUUUGAAACACGAUGUUCUAAUAAACAGCACUGAAAUGGAUCGAAGUAAUAUAUUUGACACGAAUGAUAUCGCCCCCAGCGAAAGUUGCAAUGAAACUGUCAAAGGUAAUGGAUGCGAUGAUCCAAUAAACAACUCUAAAAUGGAUCGGAGUAAUAUAUCUGACACGGAUGAAAUGGCCCCCAGCGAAAGUUGCAAUGAAACUUUCAAAGAUCAUAUCGCCGCCAGCGAAAGUUGCAAUGAAACUGUUAAAGGUAAUGGAUGCGAUGAUUCAAUAAACAACACUGAAAUGGAUCGAAGUAAUAUAUCUGACACGGAUGAUAUCGCCCCCAGCGAAAGUUGCAAUGAAACUGCGGAAAGUAAUGGAGAUGAGAGCAAUCUUGGAAAAGGUUUAAGUACUGAUGGAAAACGUAAUGAUCGAUCCACACAUAAAGAUCUACAAACGUUGCAAAGUCAACAACAGCGUUUGCAAAGAGAAGCUCAGUUUAGCAUUCCGUAUCAUAAGCCAAAAAAAUAUACAUUGCAAGAGUUUCUAAGUCGUCGCACAAUAAUGAAACCUUCCGAAGUCAGCGAUGAAAAUUGUUCUGCAGAAUCCUUUGGAAAGUCGAGAAGUUUAAAAAUGUCAAGAGAAGAGUUGGCAGUUUAUUCUAAAUUAAUGGAGGAUAGAGCCAAAGAGGCAUCUGAAUUUUUCAAACCUGAAGACGUUGAUAACUCAAAAGAAACUGCAAGUAAAAAUGACGAAAGCUAUAAUACAACGGAAACAAUGCAUGGGGACUCCAAUAUUCAAGUUGAAGAUAUAAAGCCAGAAACCGACAAUGAAGAAUGCGUGGACAAAUGCGUAUCUAAUGUUAUAAUAACUGAAGUUGUAGAGCUUCCAAGAUUGGAUCUAAAAGACGUAACUACGGGCUUAAACCUGAAAGAUAUUGUCAACCAACCAGUACUAGCCAAAGAAGUGAAUUCCUUUUCAUUGAAUUCAAAUGCAGGUAUAUCAGAUAUUUUCAAGGUAAGUCCUACUUUGAAAGACGACGUAGAUAUCACAUUCGAAAUGUUAUCGAACGAGAAGGAAGCUCCUAAAGCAAUUAGCAGGGCUAAUAGUCUGCUGGAAAGGCUAAUGAAAACUAAUCGUCCUCAAAGACCAAAAAAUACGGAAUCUAAUGGGAUUCUCACUCAUAAAGGCAAUUCAAAAGCACUUAUCGAUGAGGCAGAUGCUUCUUUGCAUAAAAAACCAGGAGAAACAUUUUUAAGGCUAAAGGACAAUUUGAAAACCAUCAUUAUGGAAAAACGACGAGAAGAGUUGAAGAAGCGGCAAGAGGAAGAUAACGCUAAAAAGGCACUACUUGACACAGAUGAUGAAGACGAGGAAGAAAUAGACGAUUCUUUAGAGUUCGAUGAGAAAUCAUUGUCUGAAAGCGCAGAAAACUCUGAUUACGCAUCUGAUCGCGAAUCUACGAAUCAUAUUGAAGGUGAAAUUGAUGAAGAAGAAAUAUCUUUAGCUCAAAAACCUUUAUCGGCACCAGAAGAAGAGGAAGAAGAUUACGACGAAAAAGAAGGAAAAAUCAAGCGGCGAAUAGAGUUCCCCAGCGAUGAUUCUGACUUGUCGCAACACCAUAGCCCGCCCACAAUAAGUCAAGUACCUGAAACACAAAUAGGGAACAGAGAAGAGGAAACGGACCAAUUAAUAAAUUUAUGUUCGGGUACUUUUGAAACCCAGCCUGUUGCACCAGCAGAAGACAAAAUCUACAGUAAAAUUGUUUCAUCAAGUGAAGAUGAAGAUUUUUCUAGUUCGAAUAAACCAAGAACCAAAAAAUUUACAAAAAAAGUUAUAAAAAAAUCAAAUAUGAAAUUAGGGUUUUCUGAUGAUGAAGAUGAUGAGUCCGAUGAUGAAGCUGACAAAGCUGAGCAGGCGGGCGAAGAGGAGGAAGAUAUCUUAGCCGAAGAUGAUAUGCCCGCCACUUAUAUUGAUUAUGAUUCAGAAGAAAAUGAAAUAACUGUGGAAUUGACCAAGCAAGAUCGUGUAGACCAGGCUGAGAAUUUCUUCGAAAAGGAAGCAGAACUAUCGGAAUCUGAAUGGGGAAGCGCUGACGAGGACGAAAAAAAUUUGGAUCAGUACGACAUUGAAUUAGGCGACGAAGACGAAUUCGACAAAGAGGAAAUCAGAGCUCAAUUGGGAAAAAUACACGCGCGUAAAAUGUUGGACGAAGAUAUUCGACAAGUAAAUAAAUUACAAGAAAUGCUCUUUGAAGACGAAGAAGAUAAUUCCGCUAAACGAGAACGUAAAUUUAGGUGGAAAAAUUUUGACACUGCUUUCAAACUUGAAACAAAUGCAAACCAGUAUAUGGAUUCCAAACCCGAAGAAGGCAGUGACGAUGAAAACGAGCAUUUAUGGAGAAAAAUACGUUUCGAACGAGAGCAAGCAAUAAAAAAUAGUACUUUAAAUGAGAUUUCCAUAGAAGCAAAUACAUCAGUUGCUACUCCCAAGACUUGCGACAUUAAAAACAUAACAAUCGUGACUAUGUCUAAAUCUAGAAUUGAAGGAGUGGAAGAAAAAGAGAAAUCACCGUUUUUAAUAUCAAAAGAGCUUAUCAAAGUUGAAAGCGCAAAGGCGAGAAGCUCAUUUCUAUUACGGAAUAAAACGGCAUUAACAAAAACAAUUUGUUCAGUUAAAAACAGUAGCACUGAUGUAAAUACGUCACCAGAUAAAAUUGGUGUUAAAACAAUAAAUCCUAGCAAAUUUGUGUUCACAACAUUAACACUGGAAGAACAUGAGACGUUAAAAAGAAAGGCUGAUGACAAAAAUGAUGGUGUUGAUAUGAGAAUAAUUAAAAGGCCCAAAAACCAAACGACAAAGAGUGAAUAUUUGAUAGAUAAGCUAUUGUAAUUUCUAAUUUUAUUCUUAAUAUUGUUUAAAUUAAGGUUAAUUUUAGAAAAUAAUAAAAAUUUUGACUGCUAUAACAAAUUA